AUGGCUUCCGCUCAAGGUUUCAACGCCAGCGGUCAAUUUCUGGAAGAGACUUCUGCAAUUGAGCAGGGUAUUCAAAAAGCUGUGAAUAAUAUUGAUAUUAUUCAAACGCUGCAAUUUCGUAUUUUAGUUAGCGCUUCCUCAGAUAAAGAAGGAUAUGGAGAAGAACGCGAGACUCUCAUGACCGAAACAAAAAAUCUACUAUUAGAACUUAAGGACCUAAUUAAAAAGAUCGAAUAUGAAAAUGUUCGACUGCCGAAAAGUGAUCCCAAUUUAGGUCUCCGCAAACAAAGAUAUGAAUUUCUUCGUGAAAAGUUUUCCCACGCACUUGAUGAAUAUCGAAAUAUUGAAAAUAUCUACAUGAGACAACAAAAAGAACGGAUGGUUCGUCAAUACCGGGUGGUUAAUCCCGAGGCAAGUCAGCAAGAAAUAGAUGAUUAUUUGGCUAAUCCUUCUGAUCAACCGGUAUUUCAACAUUCUUUAAUACGUUCCGGUGAAGCUAAAGCUGCAUUAGAUGAUGUGCAAAAACGACAUGGUGAUAUUAAGCAAAUUGAACAAACCAUUUCAGAGCUAGCUGUUCUUUUUCAUGAAAUGCAAUUACAAGUAGAGGUACAAGAUUCUGUACUUGUAUCUGUUGGAGAAGAAGUGAAUGAAACUUUGGUGAAAUUUGAAAAGG